CCAACAUCACUACGUGUUACUAUCACUUGGCAAGUGGCUGACUUGAACCCAGUCUAGCAUUGUGAAAAAUGAUUAAUUUUCUCGUAAAAUAUUCCUUUGUGGUUACAUUGGUGAUACAAUGUAACGCAUCUCUCCGAGAAACGUUGGACACCGAGUUAAAGAUACUCAGAUAUACAAAAGAUCACGUUGACCAACUCUCUUCAACCGUCACUGGGAUUGAACAGAGCUUGAAACAGAUUUUAUCUUCAAAAAUAUACAACAUGGACAAAGAUGAUCAAGUGAACACACCACAUAUAGCUAUGACCAUGUUACGGAGAUUGGUCCAUGAUUGGCCAAAUCUGGCAAUCAUGGCUGGCAAACAGACAAACCUACAUAGCCUACAGCUGGGUGAGGUGAGGUGGCCCACAAUAUCGGAACUUGAACAGGCUGCUAGAAACGUGAUGAGAUCUCAACUAACUUACACCACGGACAGUGCACUACUUCUGCGAGGAUCCCAGACAGACGUAUUUGUGUCCAACAUAACAGAGGCCACCUAUUUCGAUAUCGCUCGACAAUACUUCCUAAAAGAACGUUUCGUUGAGGCAAAGGAGUUGCUGCAGCAGGCUCUCACUAGAGUUCAAAGUAGAGACAACUCUCCAUCCAGAGAGACGCUUCUGUAUUACUUGGCUGCUGCUUCCUGCUUCUCUGGAGACGAAACAAACGCUAGAGCUAUUCUUCUUACAAUAACUAGAGAAUUGCCACAAAGCAGACCUCCCCAAGAGUUGACUGAUUACUACAACAUUAUGGGGACCGAUGGAUGUAUCUAUCCUAAUGAAGAGAUAUAUCAAAAACUCAACAAACGUUACUAUAGCAACGGCAUCGACAUGUCAGCUGUUUCCUACUACCGCGACAAUGCCGAGGUUGAGAAUCACAGCAGACUGUGUCGAGGGGAGGUUCGGGUAGACAGCAGACUGGUAUGUAGAUACGUACACUACCAUCAACACCAUCUCAGACUACAGCCGUUUAAGCUAGAGGAGCUCCAUAGGGACCCUCCGGUAGUCAGGUUCUACGACCUCAUCAGUGACUCUGAGGCCGAGGCACUCAUCCAACAGGGAAAGUCUGUCAUGCAGCCGGCUUCAGUCGGUAUCAAAAACGCCCGCCGAGUCUCCGAGUACCGCACGAGCCAUGUGGCGUGGCUCCCUGCAGGGGACGCUGAGUGGCUCACUCGCAGGAUGGCUCAGGCGACUCAAAUGAAUACUACAAUGGCUCAUCGUCAUCAACUGUCACGAUACAGCAUAUCGGGAGAGUACCUGCCUCACCGUGAUCACUUGAUCUACGAUGUUGAUUGGGUGGAUGACAGACUGGCAACUUUAAUGAUUUAUUUGACUGAUGUAGAGCAGGGUGGCAACACCGUGUUUACUAAGUGGCAACUGUCAGUGCCUCCAGUGAAGAACUCGGCCUUGUUUUGGUUCAACUUCAGGCCCAACGGCGACCCUGAGAACGGCUCAGAUCACAGUGGAUGCCCUGUCCUCAGAGGGACUAAAUGGGUACUAAAUAAAUGGAUCCUCAACUACGGUCAAGAUGUCAACUUUCCGUGUACUUCUGACAAGGAUGGGUCAUUCUCAGGAUUUUACUUAUGAACGAAAAGGGAUGGAACUGUUGAAUGUCAAAAACAAUGUUGUGUUUCCUGAAUAAAUCAGAUUUUACUAAAUAAAUAAAUCGAUAUAUUGGCUA